UAUUGAGUGAGAGAAUUAGAAAUUGAACAAGUAAAAAUUGAAGAUGUGAGUAUCGAAUCUUGAAAAAUGCAGAAAAGCCAAAUUGGAUUUGAUUCGACAACAACCUAUAAUUAAUGACAUUAGUGUCUAGGAACAAACACAAAUUAAGCACUCAAUUUUCUAAUCUACGAUUAUAUUUUUGGUGGAACCAAUUGCAAUUUGGUCUUCGUUUCGGCGAUUCCAAUGAUCUUUAUAUCGAACCUUUUUGUGUUCAUGGAAUGGAUUCCUCCAUGAAUGAUUUUUUUAUUCACUCAGACCUCCAAUUUUUCCUUCUCAGAGAAUCGUUAGGCAUUCAGUUGUACUUCCUUUCCGUUUUUGUUUACCAGUACUCAGCUUGUACCUACCACUGCCUGGAAAUUUUCAGGUGAAUUUUUUUUCAAUAUUUACUGUUCAUCCGUAAUGAGCAAUCAAAAGAUAGACUUUCGGGAACAAGUUCAGCAGAGCAAUGGGGUUAUUAAUGAUUGUAUGGUGGAUCUUGGUAGCCGGGACUCGCAGUUUAUUAGUGUUCGGGAGCCUUGGAACAACAUGGGUGGUUGCAUGGGAGGAGAGUCACAGCCUCAAAAUGUUUUGCCAGAUAAUCUUUCAAACGGUCGCUUUGGCUCACCAGUCCCUGGUUUCUCUACAGCUGAACGAUAUGUAGGCCUUCCGUAUGAUCACCGAAUCAGCAGCCCAACUUUUUCUUCCCAGUGCUCAAAGAAUUAUGAUUUGGAAUAUCGAUCAUUUCCAUGUUCUGCAGAAGGAUUUUCUGCUCAAUUAGGAGAACAAGACGCGACUGACUUACAUUCCAGAAACACCGUGGAAACCGCUGCAAAAUCUCUACUUUAUGGUGAUCAAAGUCAAUUUUAUGCUUCUGGAAAAACUUAUGGUAGUCCAUGUGUCAACUACCCAGAUAGUGAGCAUAUUCAGCAAUUAAAGAAUAAGUUGCUUGUUGAUUUUGCAAAUUCAGAUGGGAGGAACUAUUUAUUUCCUAUAAACGAGAAGCAGGAUUUUAGAAUUUUGGACAAAUCUUAUGAUUCUCCUCAUGGUCAGUUCAGCUUCUCCUCUCAAGGGGAAAAGCAGGUGAUCAGACCCCUAGGUGUUAUGCCCUUGAAUUCUGGCAAUUCUUUCACGUCUGGAGCUGCUAUUUCAAGCAAAACACGGAUCAGAUGGACAACAGAACUUCACGAGAAAUUUGUGGAAUGUGUGAACCUUCUUGGUGGUGCUGACAAGGCAACCCCAAAGGCAAUAUUGAAACUAAUGAACUCUGAUGGAUUGACUAUCUUCCAUGUCAAAAGUCAUCUACAGAAAUAUCGAAUUGCAAAAUACAUGCCCGAUUCCACUGAAGGAAAAUCAGAAAGGAGAAGUAGCUUGAAUGAUGUUACACAAAUUGAAAUUAAAGAUGGUGUGCAACUCAAAGAAGCGUUACAACUUCAACUUGAUGUCCAAAGGCGUCUCCAUGAACAAUUAGAGAUACAGCGGAAUCUGCAGUUGAGGAUCGAAGAGCAAGGAAGACAGCUGAAAAUGAUGUUUGAUGAGCAACAGAAGACGAGGCAUACUCUAUUUGCAGAUCAAAAUUCAGAUAAUAUGUCUCCAAAUGGCCCCACGUUUAGCCUCGACGAAGUUCAAGUUUCAAGUGAAGAAGGUUCUGGAUGUAACAACUUCCAAACCAAGAUUAGAUAGCUUCUAAUUAACCAACCUAAUACAGCAGCUAGGCUCAUUGUUCCACUUCUUCGCCGACAUCUCACUCCUUAUGAGAGGAUUGAAAGCCAUGCAUAAACUGCUAAAGGUCGAUUGGAAUCACGAUUACUCAAAUCGAGUCAAUUCGAUCAAAUGCCAUUGUUGGAGGUGAAGAAAUAGAUUGAACCGCGCUUCCUAUGCUUCAGUUCUAUGCUGCUGAGUGUAGCUUAGUGCUCACAUUGUCAAGCCAACUUAUUUUUUCCGUCUUUAGAUUUCCCGGCCUUUCCUUACUUUUUGCUUCAUAGUAAGGUACCUUUCAUUUUUUGCACAUAAACUUUAAGCGUGACAUAAUAAGUAGAUUUAACUUCUUUUUGGACAGCCAACUUCUUUUAUUUGUUACAUUAUGAUCAAAUAUCUUCUGCAAAGAAUUUCUUGACA